AUGAGGUUUCGCAACAAGCUUGUUGAUUACCUGUGCGAUUGGGUGAUGGGCAGCAGUUAUCACCUUAACUUAGCAGCAACAUCUUCAUCGUGUGUUAGCAGCAACAGCAGCGGUGGCGGAUGUGGAACUAGUGGAUUUACUGUCACUUGCUCUGGUUCCAAUGGCCUUGCCACAUGUGGAGCUGGGGGAUCAAAUAUGGCGCAAUUACCGUUCCUGCCUCUCUCAGGUGGUGCCGCAACCACAACAACCGGUUCAAGCCAGGGUCUUAGUAUUGGUACGAUCUCCGGCCUGCCACUUGUACUGGGGGCUUCAUGUGGCCAACUCGGUGCUUCUGUGUCUGUACUAAGCUGUGGUAGUGGGAUUGGAGGUACAGGUCCAUCAUUAAGCUUGCCCAACUCGACUGUGGUCGCUACUGGCCUUCUGCCGAGUGGACUGAUUGUAGGACAGCUGGGAACGGGGCUGAAUCAGGCCCCAAUCUCUGUCCCUUUAUCAAACGGCAGCGGUGCUGGUAACAGCGGCAAUGCCAUCGCUACUAGCGGUAUCUAUCAGCCACCUGGGCUUACCAGCAGUAUUAACCCUUCUGUGUCCAACUUCGGCACUUGUAUUAAUGCCGGCAGCAUCAAUGCCUUAUGUGGACCACCGCUCUCUACUUCCUUGCUUGGACAGACACUGACCUCAGUGGCUUGUGAAGUGGUCGCCCCUCUCUCUUCCCCUUCUUCCUUCUCGUCCUCCACAUCCAUUUCCACUAGCAUCAGCACCAUGCCCACAGGACUCCUUAUACCUGGUCUGACAGGUCUCGUAACCUUAAUUAAUGGAGGCCAGGCUUGGAACUUGGUUGGAGGGCAAACAUCAACCAAUAUUGCAGUGCCUACUCGACCCGGUGGUGGAAAUAGUGGCCUAGUAGUUGGAAUCCCUCUGGGUGGCAGCCACGUUCUGCCGACGUCUUCAACUUCUCAUGGCGCUUUCAACGGCAUUACUACUGGAUACUUGCAGCAGAUCUCUGGUAGUGGAAUACCCUUGAAUCUGCAUUCCAGUAGCAAUAUUUUAACUGGGUCACAGGCAGUUACACCGGGGACAAACCAGCUCUUGGGAGUUGGGCCUACCGGAGUUGCCGGCACGGGUACUGGCUUAAUUGGUGAAUAUUAUUGUAUUCAGUACUGUAAUCUGCAAAUUUUGUUGUUGCAUAAAACGUGUUAUAUAUUAUACCAACGAUAG